GACCGAUCGCGAGCGACGUAAUCGUUUUGACACGUUGACGGCGACGACGAGCUGUCACCUGCACCGCGGCGUUCGUCGCCGACGACGAGGACGACGACGACGACGGCGGCGGCGGCGACGUGUUGGUCACGAUGAUAAGCGGCGCGUACGCGUGGUGGAGGCUCGCGAGGAUCGUUAAUAGGCACGGACUUUUAUCUCCUUUCUCUUUUCCUCCUACUACUCCUACUACCGCCGCCGCUGCACCGUGGACCUCGGCGCACGGCCGACGACGACGGAGCGACGACGACGCCGGGUCACGCACGACGCCACGGACAGGCUUGGCCGUCGUCGCCGACGGCGAAGGCGGCGGUGUUUCCACGGGUCGCAGCGCGUCGAGCGUUACUCGCGUCAUUCGACAGCUAAUCAUGGAACUUGAAAAUUGCAAUGCGCAUGAAGAUCAGGAGAAUACGGGGCCUAAUACACCGCAGCACGACAACGAUCCGAGUGGUAACAAAAAAUGGUACCGACAGGCCAGCCAAAGGAUCUUCGUCAAUCGGAGCCUUCAUCUAGAGAACAUCAAGUUCUAUGGCUUCGACAUGGAUUACACAUUAGCGGAAUACAAGUCGCCACAGUAUGAGCAACUGGGCUUCAAUCUUCUCAAGGAUCGUUUAGUAUCCCUAGGAUAUCCACAGGAAAUCAAGGCCUUUGAAUAUGAUCCCAGCUUUCCCGUUCGUGGAUUAUGGUUCGACACUUUACACGGAAACCUUUUGAAAGUGGACGCUUACGGGAACAUUUUAGUCUGUGUCCACGGCUUCGAGUUCUUGAAGCAUUCUCAGGUCUACGAGCUUUAUCCAAAUAAAUUUCUACAGUUAGACGAAUCUAGAGUUUAUGUGCUCAAUACCUUGUUCAAUCUACCGGAGACCUAUUUGCUGGCAUGUCUGAUAGACUUUUUCACGAAUUCGCCGCAAUAUACCAGAGAAAAAACCGGAGUCAAAGAAGGUGAGCUCACCAUGAGCUUCAAAAGCAUAUUUCAGGAUGUCAGAAACGCGGUAGAUUGGAUCCACCUUCAUGGUGAUCUUAAAUCGAAGACUAUCGAGAACUUAGACGAAUAUGUAAAGAAGGAUGAAAGGUUGCCUAUGUUCCUUACGAGAAUCCGAGAGAGCGGAGCAAAACUGUUUUUAUUAACUAACAGUGAUUACGUUUUCACGGACAAAAUUAUGACUUACUUGUUCGAUUUUCCACACGGUGCACGGCCUGAUGAACCACAUAGAAAUUGGAAAACCUACUUCGACACAAUUGUGGUAGACGCCAGAAAGCCGUUGUUUUUUGGAGAAGGGACAAUUUUACGACAAGUAGAUACAAAAACAGGUGCUUUAAAACUUGGUACACACAAAGGACCACUUCACACAGGAGAAGUGUAUUCAGGAGGCUCGUGCGACGUAUUUACAGAGUUAAUUGGCGCAAAAGGAAAAGAUGUGUUAUACGUUGGUGACCACAUAUUUGGCGAUAUUUUAAAGAGCAAGAAGAUAAGGGGAUGGAGGACAUUUUUAAUAGUCCCAGAAUUGGUUCAAGAGUUACACGUUUGGACUGACAAGUGUCAAUUGUUUGCCGAAUUACAAAACCUGGACGUUAUGCUCGGAGAAAUGUACAAAAAUUUAGACAGUAGUACAAAGGAAAAGCCAGAUAUUUCUAAAUUGCGUGCGUCUAUAAGGGAUGUCACGCAUAAAAUGGACUUAGCUUACGGUAUGAUGGGCUCCCUUUUUCGCAGCGGAAGCAGACAAACGUUUUUCAGUAGUCAAGUCGUGAGGUACGCCGAUUUAUAUGCGGCAACCUUCUUAAAUUUGAUUUACUAUCCUUUUUCAUAUAUGUUCAGAGCACCUGCUAUGUUGAUGCCUCAUGAAAGUACAGUGGCACAUGAACAAAGAUUUGUUAUGGAAACGCCAAUGAUAAGUCGUUCAAGAACAUUUAAACUGGCAGACGAGGAAGAAGAACAUAAUCGGCCUUCUUCUAAAAAUUUGUAUGUAGACCAUUUCAAUAAUCAAAUUCCACAUGCGAGACCAGAAACGCCACGUAAUGUUACACAUACACACGAUGAAGAUUGUAGCGAUGAAGAUAGUGAUUCGCAGAAACAAGCUAAUCAAUUGAGAGUAUCUACAAGAAACGUAAAUUGCAAUUAAAAUCGUAUUUUAUAA